AUGCCACGACCUGUUCCCUAUGACAUGGGAUGCGUACAAGAAGUGCGUGCCGUAUUGCUCUUGGUCCUAAGCAUCGCUGUUCUGCUGAGAUUUUCAAUCGCCCCCAACGUCAGCCUUACUGAACUUUUCACGUAUUGUAUAAAGAUACAAUCCAACAGCUGCAGCGUUACAGGGAAUGCUUGUUGCAAGAACACGACUACGUCAUCUCUCCUGAUUGACGUUGACGAAAACUGCAUGUAUGAGACCUUCACAGCAACAUUGAACGGCAAGGCGGUGAAGGGCGUCACCAUCGGUCCGCCCUCAAAAGGCUUCGGCACCCGCGCAGUCCUCACCAUCCCCGGUCUCAAACUCGAUGCCAAAGCCCUGGGCGCAAAUGGCGCUACGGUUUGCAUUACGUUACCGAAGGCGUCUGCGUGUGGUUCCGUUGACCGCCUGAUCCCCGGGGGUAUCAGCAAUGCUGCUGCCUGGAAUGCGACCCUCCUCAGCUCAGAUUUGCGAUGCUGUCCUGUCACCUCUCUGCGCCAGCCGCCCCCUGUCCCGUGCGAGACGUGCUGGGUGUGGGAUGUUAUCCCUGGCAAGAAGACGAGUGGGACCUCGUACGAUUUCCUAAGCCGCAACAGCUGUCCCCUGGCUUCUUUGGAGCCCGAGUAUAUGACGGAGGACUGGAAAAAUUGCUGUGAGUUCGAGGGUUACUUUUACAAGCUGAACUACUUAGACGAUUUACUCGCCAAGGGCCUUGCCACGGGUUUUGGCAAGGCGGUCUGCAACGCCACCAGCCUGCGGCUUUGCGGCAACUUCACCAGCAUGGCAGCGGCACAGGGCCUGGCUUCCGAGCGGGCUAUGAUGGGCGGACUUCCAUUUGACUUUGACAACACGGAUGACACGUGUCCCAUGGGUCUAAUUGGCAGCACCGUCCGCCUUCGUAGCGUACAACCGACCACCGGAGCUCUGGAUACCCGCUGUGCACCAGUGAAUGAGGUCAUCCAGGACCUUUGCUGGUUACCGUCACUGAAAGAUGACAUGUCCGAGGGGAUGGUGCCAUUCCCCAACAGCACAUGCAACUCCGCCCCGGGUGUAACCCCCUUCGCCAUGAGCAUGUUCUACGAGGUCUCCUACUUCAAUAGGACCAGGGAUUACUGCAUCAACAUUACCACCACAACGCCAAAGCCAGCCAAGUCUACAUGCGCCAACGCCACCAUUUUAGACCGCAUGUCGUUUUGGAUCAUUGAUGAUGACUGGCGGCGGGACAUGUACCUGGGGGCCUACCUGCUCACAUUGGAGCGGGGGUCCUACACACGGAUGGACCUCAACGCUUCAUGGGGCAAUCUCGGCGAGCAAGUUUACAACGUGCACUCUCUGGGCUUGGAUGUAGCGACGGUGAAUGCCAAGAAGCCCAAGAUAUGUAUCGUGCGUGACCCCAGUGGACAGCUGUGGUACGACACCGUCAGCGGCAUCGGCUAUCUCUGGACUGCUCUGUAUGAUAAAAGCGGCAAGUGUUGCCCGGUCUAUUACGCCAAUCGCUUUUGA